CCCCCAAAGAUUUGUCUUCGAGGCUUCAGUUCGUCUUCUCCAUUCUUCGCAGCGCCCACGCUACGGAGCAAUGUCCUCUGACGCUUCUUCAGCCCUAGCAGUGAGGGAGAAGGUUAAGAAGUUUCUCGAUGCCGCGCGAACGGGAAAACUCGAGCUUUUCAAAAAACUGGCAAUGCAGCUGGACGAAGGGAAGGGGUUGGCGAGGACUGUGGCUGAUGUGAAGGAUGCGAACAAUCGAACGGCUCUUCACUUUGCGGCCAGGGAGGGGAAGACUGAGGUCUGCAAGUACUUGCUGGAAGAACUGAAGCUUGAUGCUGAUGUGAGAGACGAUGACGGUGAAACUCCACUUCUCCAUGCAUCUCGUCAAGGACAUUUUCAGACUGUGAAUUAUCUCCUAGAACAAGGAGCAAAUCCUUCUGCUGCUAGUGAAUUGGGGGCCACUUCUUUGCACCAUGCGGCUGGAAUUGGAGACAUUGAGUUGCUGAAGCUUUUACUUUCCAAAGGAGUAAAAGUUGAUUCAGAAAGUGAUGCUGGUACUCCUUUAAUUUGGGCUGCUGGCCACGGACAACAAGAUUCGGUGAAGGUUUUGUUGGAGCAUAAAGCUGAUCCGAAUGCAGAGACAGAAGAUGGUAUUACUCCACUAUUGUCAGCUGUAGCUGCUGGGUCACUAACAUGUCUGCAGCUUUUGAUUGAGGCAGGUGCUAGCACCAAUAUUAAAGCGGGUGGAGCAACUCCGUUGCAUGUUGCUGCGGAUGCUGGGAGCAAGGAAAUUAUCAAUUGUUUACUUAAUGCUGGAGGAGAUCCAAAUGUUCUUGAUGAGGAUGGUUUAAAACCUAUACAAGUUGCUGCUGCAAGAGGCAAUCGUGUAGCUGUUCAGAUUCUUUUUCCUGUGACAUCUCCACUUCCGAACCUUUCAAAAUGGAGUGUGGAUGGCAUUAUUGAAUUCAUGGAGUCUCAGACAAGCAAGGAGCAGGAAAGUGCAAAGGAAACUCAAGAUCUGAAAGGCCUCACUUCAGAAAACUCAGAGAUAGUUGAGGUAGCACCUGAAGCUAAGGAGAAAGCUUUGGAAGCUAAAUCAAGGGGUGAUGAUGCCUAUAAAAGAAAAGCAUACUUAGAGGCCGUAGAUGCUUAUACCCAGGCAAUUGACUUGAAUCCCGAUGAACCAACUUUGCUAUCUAAUAGAAGCCUUUGCUGGAUUCGGCUGGGUCAAGCUGAGCAGGCUUUAGCUGAUGCAAAGGCUUGCAGAUCUCUUAAUCCAAACUGGCCUAAAGCAUGCUACAGGGAAGGAGCGGCCCUUCGUUUACUGCAAAGGUUUGACGAAGCAGCUAAUGCAUUCUACGAGGGUGUCAAGCUUGAUCCUGAAAACAAGGAGCUUGUUGAGGCUUUCAGGGAAGCCGUUGAAGCUGGGAGAAAAUUUCAUGGAACAGAUCAGCCCAAACAAGGAAAAUAAUGUUUUACUAAGGCAUGCUUGGGUUAUGGUUCUGCUCCUCUUGAUAAACUUUUUUUUUUUUUUUUAAUUUUAACACCAUUUUUGAGGAUUGACUGAGAACAAAGAUUUUUUUUUUUUUUCAAAUUUAUGUAAAAUUAACCUUGAGCAUGAUUUUUUGUUUUCUUUAGAAUUGUUGUACAUAUUCCAUUUCAAGCAAAGUUUGGCUACAGUAAA